CCGCUAAACUCCAGGAUUGUCUGUGUUGAACUUCUACAUACUUCAUAGGGUAAAUAAAACCAAAUCGUGGGUUUGCUGGUUAUAUUUUACUUUUGGUAUAGGGCUUAGGUGCAGGUUGGGGGAUGUAAAUGUUAAGGCUGCUAUAAUCAUUGCUUGUUGAAAAUAAACUAAUUUUCUCUUUUUAUGCACAGGGAUGCGCAGUUUGCCAUAGUGGAAUUCACUAAAGAAAAAAACCAGAAGGAGAGUGUGCCUAUAGAAAUAGUACCUAUGAUUUGGAUUCAUGCGAAAGGCAAGAAGACGUAUUGGCCCUCCAAACCCAGAAUAACGGCUAAAGAAAUGAAGGCUCUAGUCGAAGAGCUGACUGAUCCUAACUCUGGAGAUAAAGAGGAUUGGGUUGCACCUCCUUGCAAAAUACUCCGUACAUCAAGAACCUAUGAUGGAGCUUGCGCACGGCUUAAAAGGCUGAGACGGCAAGCUGUAGUUUCUAGUUCUCAGUCAGACAGGGAGGAUGAUGAUGAAGAUGAUGAGGAUGAGGAGGAUGAGGAGGAAAAGAAAAGAUAUAGGAAAAGGCGAAACACUAAACAAGAUUCUGACAAUGAAGAUGAUAGUGAGGGUUCUGGUUCUAAUGAUGAAUUGGACAGUUCUCUUUUAUCACCAGGAGUGUUUGACGAUUUUGACUGCUCUGGUGUAGAAAAAUUAGGAGAUGAAAGCAGAAGAUCUAGAGACAGUCCCUUGCGUAUUGAGGAGCAACCCUCCAGACUUCUGAAUAGUGCUCACACAUCUAACAGAGUUUCAUCGGUCCCUCCAAAAUCAGUACAGAAAUCAGUACAGAAAUCAGCGCCUAAAAGUAUGCAGGGUAAAACAUCAACACCAAAUAAACCCAAGCCUAGCCAUUCCCGAAGAGAGCUGAGCUUUGUGACACCACACAGGCAAGGUAAUUUUGAACAUGUUGUUCUAAAGAAACUGAAUACGGUUACAUGUUUGCUUGAAGAGAUACUUUCCCGAGGGAGGAGGGAGGCAGUGUUAGUGCCAUCAGCAACAAGUUUAGAUCUCCCAAUUACAACACUGGAUAAUAUUGCAGCUCUAGAUGUUGAGUUAGGAGACAGCUGUAAGCAAAAGAAUAUGCAAACCUUUCUCUGCCAGUUUGGAGGAAAGAAUCCUUCAGAUUUUCUUCAUAGAUGUUUGCCAAAAUUGAUAGAUGAUAAGCUAUGUGAAAAGCUAAAUUGGAGUGGUCUACACAGGGAAAUGGCUUUCAAAGACUCAAAACACAUUAUAUCCACUCUUCAUGGUGCAUCACGAUCUCUCUUCAAUGAAAGUACAGAAGCCAUGGUUGAAGGCAUUAUUAAGUUGUGGUUCAACAAAUACAAGGAUAGAUUGGAGGGCAGAGACCACUAAAAAAAAAACAACUCCCAAACCAACUAGUGAUUAAGAAAGCUUGGACUUGGACAGACUAUGGUUAACAGCGGUUAAUCGUAUAUUUAAUUUUGAGUUACGUCAUCCAACUGUAUAUAUUCAACUGUACCUACUUUAGGUUUUACUUCAUAGUUUUAACUUUAGUUCGUUAAGUAGGCUUCAUGUUGACGAGCACUUUAUUCACAGCCACAUGUGUGUGUGUUAAAUUUUCCGUGAUGGUAAUCCUUUCUAGAGGUAAUCUCGCUUGUAAAUAAUAGCAACAGCUCUAACUUUUUCUCAACAGCACUUUACUAAUUGGAAAGUUUUAGUGCAGUGCAUGUUGAAACUAUAACUGUGAUUUUGUGCUCUUUCAUUUUAUGAUGUAUAAUAUAAAUAAUAACAAAUAAAGAAUUU